AUGCACGAAGAGGCUGAGAGACGGCACCAGCGUCCAGAUCUACCCGUCAGAGGUGCAAGCGAUCCAGUUACUCGAAAAAGCCAAUCUACUUCGCACAUCGAACGAGACCUCCAUAAUCUUAUCAAGGAUGGACCCUCAGCAAAAAAUAGAGAGCAACAGAUUGGAAACAUAUACUUGUUCAAAGUCAAAUCUGCAACAACCGACGUCGAGUUGCUCAAGAUCGGGCGAACACAGAAGCCUGCUGAAACACGCCGCAAACAGAUAAAGGGUGUUUGUCAACACAUUCAUAUUGAAGAACAUAGACGCGCGGUAGCUGAAAUGAUUGAUUUUCACGGCUACGCUGAGAAGCUCGUCCAUACUGAGUUGGCCAAUUUUCAACACCAAUGGGUGUGCUCUUGCGGCACCAGUCACCAAGAGUAUUUUGACGUCAGGGAAGACCUUGCCGUCGAGGUCUUUACACGCUGGAGAGACUUUUGUAAACAAAAGCCCUGGGCCCCAGACGGGAAGAUUUUGCCUGCCUGGGAACAGCGACUGGCAAACAAACCCAAAUUCGGCGGCGACGAGCAUGAGCCCGAUCACUGGGAGCUUGCCAAGCAUUGGAGAAGAUUCACGUCACCAAUGGCUGUGGAACGGAUUGCUUCCGAUGUGAUACGGGUUUGGAAAGAUCUCUUCCCGGAGCGUUGGCAAUUUGUUGCCAUAGCAGAGCUUCUCACGAUAAUCUGCGUCUCCCCGAUCUCAUUCUGGAUCACUACAUGGGCAGUUGUUAUCGGGAGCUUGCUCUUGAUCGACCUCGUAGUGAUUCCCGACUUGCAUCUUUUUAAAUGGAUCGACAGACUUAUGAGCGGCGGCUUGCAACCUUUCAGAUGGGGAGGUGGCGGCGAGCAAGGCGGAAAAGGUGACUGCAAUCUCAGCCCAUCACCAGAAGGUCACGGGAUGCAGACGCACACCCCCAGUGAGCGGCCUACACGAGGAGUAAAUCAUCCGACGUUUACUUCCAUGUACGUUGGAAGACAUGAUGACCCAAGUAUCAUGGCAGAUUCCUCUCCUGGCGCUUUCCCUAGUGUAUCCCCUGGUGCUACGGACUGUGAAAGCGACAUGGAAGUUGGGGUUUGCUGCUCACCGUGCGCUGAGAAGGCUUCUAGACGCCGUACACCUGAUAUCAGAGUGGAUCCUGCAAGUGCAAAUCCUGAGGUCACUGUGGACGAAGAUUCCGAUAUGGAAGUGGUUGAAUGA